CUAGUUACAAACUCUGAUCAGCACUUCUACGUUUCCCGCAACGUGGCUUUAGCGAAGAUUCAAAGAUUUGUAAAAGGCUGUUUUAUUGAGAAGAAAAUUCAUAAGUGGAAAAAGGAAAUUUAGCGAUGUCUCAAAUGGAAAGCCUACGAAAACCCCCCAAAACUGCCAUUCAUCUUUGGGAAUUCUUACUCAAUCUCUUAUUGGAUGAAAAAAGUCAUCACAUGAUAUGUUGGACCAAUCGUGAAGCAGGAGAGUUUAAACUGAAAAACCAGGAAGAAGUUGCGAGGAGAUGGGGAAAUUUAAAGCAGAGGCCUGGAAUGAAUUACGACAAACUAAGUCGAGCGCUGAGAUAUUAUUACCAGAAAGGAAUCAUCAAGAAGGUUAAUGGACAGAGACUUGUUUACAAAUUUGUCAAACCAUUUUUUGGAAAAGAGAGCUCUCCCUCGCGAGAAGUUCCCUCAAAAACGCCAUCACCGAUGGUAGAAGAUAAGAUAAAAGCUGAAGAGCCAGUAGAAGGGAAGAGUGAAUCCUCCGGCGUGUCGUGUGUGGAAAACAACAUGGAAAAAGUACCUCAGAAUACGCUCACGAGCACUCCGAUGGGUUUCCGAAUCAUUCAAGCCCCAAUGGUCGGUCCAGGUCAAAUUCCAUAUCCACUCUCUCUUUACCCGUACGUUGUUUCUUGCGUCAUUCCAACGUGCCCACGACAAUUUGGAGUCAUCAAGUCAUAGACUGUUAUCAGUGUUCCUGUUUUCAUUGUGUUGUACUAGAGGAGAUAAAAAAAUCGUUUCUCUUAGGUUUUUUUCCAUUCCCCUCUCCGUACUUUAUUGUAUAUUUUACCUCCACCCCACCCCCACUACGUGAGGCUCCAAUUUAGUUCAAAAAGUGUUCGAGACUCCUCUUUGACAAACAUUCGUUUCAAGUGUUAUUCUCCCUUUAGUGUAAAUAAUUUCCAGUUACAUGGACGAAAAUCAUCGUUUAAAAAGAAUAGAUUAUCACGCUGCCUUUGGGAAGCAAUUUCUUUUUUCCAAAUUGACACUGACGGCGGCUGUAUAUAUAUGAUGUUCAAAUGUACAGUAUUAAUUUAAUGAGAGUUUUAAUUGUAUCGACAGAGAUAAUUGUCGUUGCCAUAUUUUUGCUUCUAAUUUAUACCUAGAAUGAUAUUGCGCUUGCAAUGCGUUUAGAACUCUGCGCACAAGCCAUUUAGUUAAUCACGUCACGUUCAUGGAGAGAUUGUGUGACGGGUGUUGCGAAGCCAUGAAGGCGAUUAGCACAGUUUUGUUUCUGCUAAGGGCGAAGAAUGAUUUAAGUCAAAGGUGUGAGUUUUUAUUUUGUAUAUAAUGAUGCAGGCUUCAGAUAGCCUCUUAAUAAUUUCAAUAAAUAUCGCACCAACUUUGAUUAGUA